CGAUCCAGCGGAAUUCGCCAUGUGGGCGGCCUGGAAGAAAUCUCGUUCGGCGAACCCCUCUCUGGUACCCCCUCCACCCACCCCGUUUCUCCUGCGCGGCGCGGGGCCGGCGGCGGCGCGGCCGUGGCAGUGCGCGCUAGUCAGCGGCGGUGGGCAGUGCGAGUGCGGCUGACAGCUGAGCAGCGGGCAGCGCGGCGGGCUAGAACGACGAGGAAGACGCCGGCGGCGGAGCCAACUCCAGCACACGGAUCGGAAAGCGCGCCCGGAAGUCAGCUUCGAGGCAUGUUCAGGCAGUAAACAUUCUCAACUUGACUUCUGUGCCAUUCGCGUAACCCUUGGCACACACCAUGGACAACUUCUCAUCAACGGCCCAGCUGACUCCCGCCCAAGCAGAGGCCGGCGCCAGCACGCCCUCCGGCAGCCGACCGGACAUCCAGCAGCAGGCACCCGAGCAGAGCACCGGCAAAAAGACCUCGGACUUCGGCGCGUUGGCGCACAUUGUGAAGAGCAGCUUGGGGAGCGGCAUCCUGGCCAUGCCCAACGCCUUCCGCAACGGCGGCCUGGCCUUCGGGCUCGCCGCCACCUUCAUCAUCGGCUUCAUCUGCACCUACUGCGUGCACCUGCUGGUACGAGCAUCGUUUAUGUUAGCAGAAGAAGCUAAAGCAGUCGGUGGCCUGGAUUUCGCGCAGACAGCCCAACAAGCCUUUGCAACUGGUCCCGCUCCGCUACGGAAAUACGCACUCGCAGCUAAGAGGUUCGUGAAUGCUGCUCUCCUGUGUACAUACUACAGCGUGUCUUGUGUAUACGUGGUAUUUAUUUCUGAAUCACUUUUGCAGGUGGUGCAGCACCACGCGCCCGACCUGGGGUGGGGCGUGCGCAUGUACAUGUUGGUGCUGCUGCCGGUGCUGGCGGUGCUGUGUUUGCCCCCCACGCUGCGCCGCCUCGCGCCCUUCUCCGUCCUCGCCAACGUCUGCAUCUUCGUCGGUUUCGCCAUCACCCUCUACUACAUAUUCCGCCAGCUGCCCGACUUCGACCGGCCGCUGGUGGCGCCGCCCCGGCAGUGGCCGCUCUACUUCAGCACCGUCAUCUUCGCCCUGGAGGGCAUCGGCAUGGUGCUUCCAGUUGCGAACAACAUGAAGAGGCCGCAGCACUUCCUGGGCUGCCCCGGGGUGUUGAACGUGUCCAUGAGCAUCGUCGUGGCGCUGUACGCCAUCAUCGGCUUCUUCGGCUACCUGCGUUACGGCAACAACACGGCGGGCAGCAUCACGCUCAACCUCCCCGUCGCGGAACCGCUGGCGCAGGCCGUGAAGCUGCUGGUGGCCGGUGCCGUGCUGCUCACGUACGGCCUGCUGCUGUUCGUGCCCAACUCGGUGGUGCUGGAGGCGCUGGGCCCCAAGCUGCCCGAGCACCCCACCGCCCGCAGCGCCUGCCGCGUCGUCUUCAAGCUCGCCGUUGCCUGCCUCUCGGUGGGCGUGGCGGCGGCGGUGCCCAGCCUGGGCCCGGUCAUCUCGCUGGUCGGGGCCAUCUUCGUGUCGACGCUGGGGCUGCUGUGCCCGGCCGUCAUCGACACCGUCAUGCGCUGGGAGAAGCCAGGCGGCCUAGGGCGCUGCCGCUGGCGACUCUGCACCAACUCCUUCAUCGUCCUCAUGUCGCUCGGCGCGCUGCUCACCGGCACCUACACCAGCGUGCUCGAGAUCAAGGCGGAGUACACCCAUAGUUAAUCUCGAGUGCAUGAACGCAACAAUUCCUUCUCGGAUUGAUGACGCUCGGAGCAUUACUCAUCCCCCCCACGCCAGCGUGCUUGAGGUCAUUGUAGAGAACACCCGCUGUUAGGGUUUCGAGUGGAUGAAUACAAUUACUCCUCUUCAGGUUUGAUGUUGCUCGGAACAUUAUUCACCGUCCUUACAUCAGCGUUCUCUAGAUCGUGGCGGAGUACACCCACAGUUCGUGUCUCGAGUGCGUGGAAUUGCCGUGAACUCUUUCGUCGUCCUGCUGCAGUCCAGUUGCAUACUGCUCACCAGCGUGCUCGAGAUCCUUCUUUACGGAUUUGAUGUAAGGAGCAUUUCUCUCUGUCUCUACACCAUCGUUCCAGAGAUCCUCGAAAUUCUGGAGGAGUUCGCACUUCUUUACAUUUCGUGCAUCAUCCCGCUGUCGCUGGACGCACUGCUCACCGCCUCCUACAAGAACGUGCUCGAGUUUGUGUCGGAAAACACGCAUAUUUAUGCAAAUGCAAGGACUCUUUAAUAAAUACAAGGAUUCUUUAAUAAAUCCUUCGUCAACUUCGUGCCGCCCCGCGCAUUGUUCACCGCUCAUACACAAACGGACUCUAGAUCCUGGAGAAGUACGCCUUAGGGGGCUGGAGCGCUUCGACUCGUCACAAACACCUUCAUCGUCCAGCUGUCUUUCGGCGUACGACUCUCCAGCGCGCUGAAUCUCCUGGCGAAGUACGCUCACAAUUAAGGUGUCGAGUGCAUGGCCAUGAUGUCGCUCGAAGCACUGCUCACUCCCUCUACACUAGCGUUCUCCAGGUCCUGGUGGAGUGCGCGCUCACUUAAGAUAUCGUGUUCAAGACUUUCUUCACCAACUCAUUCGUCAUCGUGCUGCUGCUUAUUGUUCGCCGCCUCCACAUCAGCGUGCUCGAGAAUUUCAACGAGUACGUCGACCGUUAGUGUCUCUAAUGCCUGGAUUUCUCUCAAAACUCGAUUAUUCUGAUCUGGCUCAGCGCACUGCUCCCCAGAUCACACACUAACGUGCUCGUGAUUAUGGAUUACCCGCUCUGUUACGGCCUUAAGUGUACGAACAUUUUCUUAUCUCGCUGAUAAUCCUCGUGUCGCUUGGUGCAUUUUUCACAACUCCUUCACCGGCAUUCUAGAGAUCGUGCCGGAGUACGUACACCGUCCCGAUUGUGCGACACGGUGUGCUCUCGAUUGUGCGAACUUAUCUACUUCACGGUAGGCUUCUCACCGACUUCUACUCCAGCGUUCUCGAGAUCCUGGUGAAGAACACAGUGCUAGAGUCGGAAAUGGACUCGUCACUAUGCCUGAUGUCAAUCGACGUACUGCUAACCGAUACUUACAACUAGCGCCCUCAAAAGCUGGGUCAAGAAUGCGCUUUAGGGACUCGAGUUCUCGAGCACACUCGACGUCGGUGAUAUCCCAGGAGAUGCGAAUUUGAAUAACGAACUGAGGGAAGUGAAAGUGUUGCCUUCUUCCAAAACUGGAAACAAAUACCAUCUUUAAAAGGGAUAAAAUUCUUCAAAAUUUUACAACAGAGAUGAAACUUUGAUGUUUAUUAACGAAAUAACAGCUUCAAAAGAAAUUGCAAAAUAUAUUUGCUUAAGAACAUGCAAAAUAUAUUUUUGUGGAGAAGAUAUAUUUUUAUUAUUAUUAUUAUUAUUAUUAUUCAUACAUAUAUUAUAUUAUUAUUAGUAUUAUUUUUAUUAUUAUCAAACAAUUCUUAUAUCUCAUCAUAAAAAUGACUUGCUUUAAUUUAUCUUCUCUGUUCAAAAAUGAAAAACUCCUUUAAACAUGGCAUUGAAAAUUCUCUUUUGAGGUUGAAAUCGCUUCUCUAAUACUAAUUCGAACACUUGAAGCCGUUAAUCAAUGGUGAUAUGUUGCGUUGAUUUUGAAAACGAUCAUUGAUCUAUGAAUAUAGAUGCUUUGAUCAAGCAUCACUAAACCCGAGAUGAAUUCAACCACGAACAAAAUACUCAAAUAUUCCGCAAUGAGUCUCAAAGUCAGGAAGAUGUAUGUACUUUCCUUUCCAUCAGAAAAAAUACCUCGUAACUGGGUAAAAUGUACUGUAAAACAACAGUAACUGAUUCAGAAAUCUUCAAAUGACUCCUUUUGAGCUUGUAAUAAAAACUUAUCGCCAAGUUGCCAAGUUUGUCUUUUCGUUGGAUUGAAGUAUUAGUACAAUUUUUGCAACUCGAGUUGUUUAGAAGUGGUCCAAAAUCGAGCAUUGUCUGGCUGGUCUCGUCAGUGGUUGAGUUCUUGUGCUGUGCAGCUGUUACGAUGUGUAUCGUUGUGUGUGUGUGUGUGUGUGUGUGUGUGUGUGUGUGUGUGUGUGUGUGUGUGUGUGUGUGGUGUCUAUAUAUCCAUAUAAAGCGGUUCCCCGUAACUGAAGCAACACUUUUUCAAUAAUGAAGAAGAUACAGAAAUUAAUAAUGUAAAGUCGAGCUGGCCAUCGACUAAAAAGUUGCAAUGGUAUUCAAUUGUUAAGUAUCGAAUUGCUGAAUAUCGAUGAACUGUUAACGGCUCCACAAUCUUAAAAAGUUGUCAUUCUUAUAUCGUUUUUUUAAUUUGUAUUAACAGGUAAUUUUAACUAUUUCAAGAGAUCAUACUUUAAAUGAAUUUUCUAUGAAUUUUUAGUUACUUUUUACACCGGUUGUCACUGUCUCGAGAAUUCCCAUAUUUGCGUUUACUCUAGUAUGAUUAAAGAUGGCUACGAAUAUGGCAUCCGACUUCUUUUCGGUAAACACUCAAAAAUGUAGUAAACAGGAAGCUAUCCACUUAAGCUAAGUCUCGAAGUGAAUGUCGCUGAUUAGUUAAUCUUCGUCCUUAGGCGAGACCUUCGUGAGAGUACAAUUAUCGUAGAAAAUGUAGAGCAAGAAUUGGUAAUAUUACGAACUUCGUCCCUGGUACGUUGUUGUCAAUUAGAUUGUUUUAAUUAAUAUUUACUACUAUUUAUAUUAUUUGUUAAUGAAUCUUACUUUAAAAACUAGCGAUCUUGUUGACAGUCAUUUGCAGUGGACUCGUGAUAUUGUAACAUCAGUUUUUCAUUAAAGAAAUUUCCACAGAACUUGUUCUACUUUCUUAUCCUCUGGCUCCCGAAUGUA